UCUUAAUCGCAGCCAACUUCACAUCAACGCGUUCUCGGUAUAGUUUUUAGCCAUUAUUUAUUCGCAAUAAAUGCGAAUGCAAUUGCGAAAGUACAUUUAAUUCGCUUUAUUUGCGAAAUAGGACUUAAUUCAAUAGUCUGAAGUUUAAAAUCGCGAAUUUUACAUACUUUUCACCUACUCAAUUCGAAGUUUUUCUUUCCGCCUCCGUCUCAGUUGUGCGCGAGAGUGUGUGUGUUUGUGUGUAUUUUUGUGCGUGACGCGCUGCUGCCGCCAUUCAAGAUUGAAGCGAAAAAAUGGAUUUGGCGAAGCUGGACAAGAUGAAGGUGGUCGACCUGCGUACCGAAUUACAAACGCGUGGUCUGGAUACCAAAGGAGUUAAAGCUGUGCUCAUCGAACGUUUGCGGGCACAUGUAGAAGGUGGUGCCGGCGGCGGCGAUGGAGCAGAUGGCGCUCCAUUGACACCAAGUCGACGUCAACGUCGGACGCGAUCAAUGUCACGGUCGCCAUCGCCGGUUGCAGCGGCGCCGGUCGCCACCGAACCUAAUUUGGAGACUCUAGAAGAAGAGGAACAACCGGCAACCGCUGGGCACGAGUCUGAGGUUGAUGCCAAGCCUGCUGCUGUGGCUGAAAUUGAACAAGCCGAUGAAGAGGACGAAGAAGAAGAUGAUGCACAAGAACAGGAAGAAGAAUCGAAUAAUAUGGAACAGGAGCAAGAGGAAGCCGAAGAGGAAGAGACGGAUGCAGCUGGUAGUACAGCUGCCUCACAAGCCGUGCAGAAUGAAGAAGAUGUGGCCAUGACAGAUGAGGCCAACAAAAAGGAAGAAGAAGCCGAUCAAGAGUCUAAUGACUCCAACCAGCAAGCGCAACCGGAUGAAACGGAAGAAGAGCAUGAUAAUCCAGCUGCUGAGGCAGAUUCCAAGGCCAAUGCACAUCAAUCAAACGGCGACACUGAAAAAAUGGAAGUCGAUGAGGACGCCGCUAAUGCCACUGUCAAAACAGACGAGCAAACGCAGCAGGACAAGGACAAUUCGGAUCAAGCCAAGACCACGGAACGACGCAAACGAUCGCAUAGCAAUUCACGUUCCCGUAGCAACUCGCGGUCACCAAAGCGUCGCAGCGGCGACAAACGUGACUCUAAAGCAGCUGCUGCUGCUGCAGAAGAACGCACUGUGGCCGAAGAUGAGCCCACAAUUGCGGAAAAUCAAGUGGGACUCAGCUGGCUUGACUCGGAUCUCCAUCUCCGUAUUGAUACCACCAAUUUCACAUCAGCCAAGCCGCUGACUGCAGAAAUCUACUCGCUGAUCUGGUCUGGCGCACGUGCCAAUUAUGGAGUACGUGAGGGCAAGGUGUGCUUUGAGGUGCGGCUCUCUGAGGAGUCGGUGCCAGAGAAUUCGCAUCAUUUCCGCGAUGAGCCAAAUGUGCGCGGCUUUCGCGUGGGCUUCUCAACACCGAAGUCAUCGAUGCUGUUGGGCGAGGCAGAACAUUCCUUCGGCUAUUGCGAGAACGGCCGUAAGGCCAACAAUGGCGAAUUCACAAGCUAUGGCAAGCCAUAUCAAUUGGAUGAUGUUAUCGGUUGCUAUUUGGAUCUAGAGAGCACACCGUGCAACAUCAAGUACACGCUUAAUGGCGAGGAUCUCGGUGUGGCCCAUGAGUUUGACAAAAGCAUCUUGGGUGAGGAGGAAGCGCUAUUUCCGCACAUUGUUACCAAGGGUUACGAGUUCACGGUGAACUUUGCCAAUGGCGAAGAGCUGCUCGUCAAUGCCGAGAGGCCAACGCGCAAGCGUCGCAAGCAACGUGCCGAGUCACCCAAAGAUGAUGUCAACGAUGGUGAUAAAUGGAAGGUGCUCGAUGAGGCAACCGCCGAUGACGAUGAGCUCGAGAAGAAGGAAGACGACAGCAAGCCCGCCGAUGCCGAGAAAUCUGAUGAAGGCGAUAAACCUGAGGAUAAAGCUGAUACAACUGAAACUGCUGAGGACGAGCAAUCUAAAGAAGCGGAUGCUGAUGAGGAGGCACAAUCGGAGCAGGCACAACCCGCCGAAGCAGCUGAAGUCACCCAAGAUCAGGCCGUCGAGCCAGCUGAAGCAGCAGCCGAAGUUCCACCAGAGGCAGCUGCUGUUGCCAACGGCGAUAGCCAAAUUGAUGCUGAAAAGAGCACCGAAGAAGCAGAUUCUAAAGCUGAAAUUGCAGCUGCACCCAAGGAGGUUGCCACAACUACAGCUAAUGUCGAGGAGGAGGAUGAGGAUGGUCCAUCGCCAAACAAGCGCGUUAAAACCGAUGCAGAGACCGAUAAGGCAGCAAGCGAAAAACCAAAAUCCACUGAAGAAGAAUACGAGGAUGUAGUGCCCGUUCCCCGUGAUACUGUCACCUUAUUACCGGGCUAUAUACUACUGGCUCUGGUGCCUACCGAGCAAUUGAUUGCCGGACCACAGCGCGCCGAAUCGCGCAAGCAAUGCGAAGUCAUUCUACUUGUCGGUCUGCCUGGUGCAGGCAAGACACACUGGACACAAAAGCAUGUGUCUGAGAACCUGGACAAGCGUUACGAGAUCAUUGGACCUGAUACUAUCAUAGCCAAAAUGACGAUCGACGGCGAAUCGCGCAAAACUGUACACAAGGGUCGUUGGGAUAAAGUCUACGAGAUUUGCUUGAAUAGUCUGGGUGCUUUGGAAGAUAUUGCCAUGAAGCGACGACGCAAUUUCAUACUCGAUCAGACGAAUGCGUAUGCCUCGGCCCAGCGACGUAAAAUGAAAGGUUUUAGCGACUUCAAGCGUAUUGCGGUUGUUUGCAUACCCGGCGAAGAUGAAUUGAAACGUCGCAUCGCCGAAAAAGAGGAAAAGGGAAAUGCUUUUACAGUUAAAGAAUCAACAAUAAAUAACUUACGAGCGAAUUUCACAUUGCCCUCACUGGAGUUUGGAUGGUUCGAUGACAUCAUCUACACGGAGCUGAACGGUGACGAGGCCAAGGCUGAGGUCAAGAAGUACAAUGAGAAGGGCAAGAAGGCCAUCGACGCGGACAGAUCGCGUGACAAGAGAUCCCGUGGCGGACGCGACAAUUAUCGUCGCGAUGAUCGGCAUCGCAAUCGACACUUUGAUGAUAGGCGACGUGAUUAUGGCGGCGGCGGAGGCGGUGGCCAACGACAUGAGAGUCGUUGGAGCGACUCGCGGCGCGGCGGUGGCGGCAGUUACUCCAGUGGUGGAGGAGGCGGCAGCGGUGGUGGUGGCGGCGGCGGUGGUAGCCGUGGCUAUGACAAUCGCAGCCGCAACUAUGGCAGCGGUGGAGGAGGCGGCGGUGGCGGUGGCCAGCAGAAUUGGAUGCAGAAUAACCGCAGGAGUGGCUACGAUGAUCGCGGCUACGGUGGCGGCGGCGGCGGUGGUGGUGGUGGUAGUCGUGGCUAUGACAAUCGCAAUCGCGGAUAUGGUAGCAGUGGUGGUGGCGGAGGAGGAGGCGGUGGUGGCCAACAGAAUUGGAUGCAAAACAAUCGCCGCAGCGGCUACGAUGAUCGCGGCUACGGCGGUGGUGGCAGCUCGCGAGAUUAUCGCGAUCGAGACCGUGGCGGCAACGAUCGCAAUCGAAUGGGCAGCAACGAUCGCAAUCGUGGCAGCAGCCAGAGCAGCUAUCGCUCCGGUGGCGGCAAUCAUCAACAACGGGAUUUUCGGCAUGGCCACCGCGACACCAAAGAAGAUAGUCGCGGUGGCUAUGAGCGGUCAGCUGCCCAAGUGCUGCCCAAGUACGGCAAUAGUGCGGGCCAACCUGGCUAUGAUCAGUACAAGCAACAGUCGUCUGGUGGCAACCAGCAGACUGGCUCCAAGUCCGCACUGAGCGGCAAGUGGAGCACCUAUGCCCAGCACCAUCAGCAGCAGCAAACGCAGCAGCAGCAGCAUCAUCAGCCUGGUGUCUGGCAGCAACAGCAGCCACAGCAGCAACAAUACCAGCAGCAGCAACAACAACAGACCGCGGGCCAGCAACAACAAUAUUGGACCUAUAACCAGAUGCAGGGUUAUGGCAACCAGCAACAACAGCAGCAGCCACAAGCCUGGCAAGGCGCUGAUCAACAACAGCAGCAGCAACAACAGCAACAGCAAUGGAUGUCCUGGUGGCAGCAACAACAACAGGGCGCCGGAGGGGGCACGGCGGCCAAUAAUGCCGGUGGCAAUUCGAGCGGUACUACGGGCGCCACUGGCAAUAAUGAUGGCGGUGCCACCAAUCAUUAUUGGUCUCCUUAUUCAUACUCUACACAGUCCAAUGCGGGCGUUGACAAGAAAUAAGUGCAAAACUAUUGACUCACUCAACAAUCUUCUAUGUCGCGCCCUCAUUUAGAAAACCAACAAAGCAACAAAACAUUUAAAACAAAUCACAACACACGUAAAGUAAAACCAAGCAACUUUAAAUACUAGUUUUUAAAUCACAAAACACAAAAUAAACAAGAAACAAACAAACAAACAAAAUUAGUUUAGCCAGUUUUUAAGCGUCUCUGGAAUGAAAGAAAAGAAUAAAAGAAAAAAAUAUAAAAACAAACAACUAAACAAGAAUAACUGUAAAAUGUAUCAGAAACUGAGCUGUUGAUUUUAACAACAAAUAUUGUAUUUACUACUUUGUCAGUCCAACUUUUGCUUUUGAAAAAUUAUUGGUUGGUUCCUUUGAAGCAAUUAAGUGAAUUUCUUUUGGCUCAUUAUAUAUCUAGGACAGUACAAUUUGUUUUAACGUUUAAUUAUCUUUAUUGUUUUAUUUUUACAUUACUUUUUUAUAAUAAAAAACUGGAAGACAUACUAAAAAACAAACAUAAAAUUUAACAAAUAAAUCUAUAUACAUACAAAAAACCAAAAUAUAAACAUACAA